AUGGCGGCCCGCCUCCUUUGGCGCUGGAAUGUUGAAGCCAAGCGCCUUCCAUUGCUCGAAGCAAGGCAUCAAUUGGUUUUCAGGAGGUGCGUGGCCCGGAAUACCUAUGAGGAGCAACACCAUCGAUCCAUACAGAACCCUGAAGGCUUUUGGUCUGAUGCUGCUGCUGACAUUUCGUGGAUCAGAAAAUGGCACACGGUGUUGGACAGAUCAAAGCCUCCAUUUUAUCGAUGGUUCGCAGGUGGACAGCUGAACAUGUGCUACAAUGCGGUGGACCGACAUGUCGAAGCAGGUUUGGGCGCACAGACGGCGCUGAUCUACGACUCGCCGCUGACGAAGGUUAAGAAAACCUUCACUUUUGAGCAGCUUAGGGAUGAGGUGGCCAAAGUUGCUGGAUGUUUGGCAUCAAAAGGAGUUGGCAGAGCAGACCGUGUUGUCAUCUACAUGCCAAUGAUUCCAGAGGCUGUUUUUGCCAUGUUGGCAUGUGCUCGCUUGGGUGCCGUGCAUUCGGUCGUUUUUGGCGGCUUUGCUGGGCCUGAGUUGGCUACAAGGAUAAGAGACGCACAGCCCAAGGCAGUGAUUUGGGCCUCAUGCGGAAUCGAACCGAAGGGUCCGAUCUCCUAUCAGCCGAUGUUGACCGAAGCUUUUGAGAUUCUUGACUCCAAACCACCGGUAAGUCUGUGCAAACAACGGCCGGAACUGCCUGCAGAUCUCAGCUCCGAUGAUUUGGACUGGGAUGUCGAAAUUCCCAAGGCAAAGAUGGCUGGGUGCGUGGCCGUCGAAGCAACAGAUCCACUAUAUGUGCUCUACACCUCUGGCUCCACGGGAACUCCCAAGGGUGUGGUGCGGGAUACUGGUGGUUACGCUGUGGCCUUGAAGAGCUCCAUGACAAACUUCAUGAAGACCUUCAAAGGCGAAACCUAUUGGGCUGCCUCCGACAUUGGAUGGGUAGUUGGACAUUCCUACAUCGUGUAUGGCCCAUUGAUUCAAGGAUGUGCAACCGUACUUUAUGAAGGGAAACCAGUUGGCACUCCUGAUGCUGGAGCAUUCUGGCGCGUGAUUGAGGACUACUCCGUACGGAGUUUGUUUGCAGCUCCCACCGCCCUCCGUGCCAUUCGUCGAGUUGACCCGGAAGGGGAUCUCAUCCGCAAACACGAUCUGUCUUCAUUGCGAAGCCUUUUUGUCGCUGGGGAGCGUUGUGAUCCUGAAACGAGCGAAUUCUUCGCCACAACAUUGCAGACGGGCUUCUACGACAAUUGGUGGCAGACAGAAACAGGCCAUCCCAUUUGUGGCUUGCAAGAUGAGGCCAUUGGACGAAAGGAUGGCAGCACCAGUCUUCCACUGUACGGUUUCGACGUAGUCGUGCUUGACGAUCAUGGUGUGCCGGUGAACGUGCCCAACCAGGCCGGAUCCUUGCUGGUCAAGUUGCCUUUGCCGCCGGGUACUUUCCCAACGCUUUGGAAGAAUGACGCAGGCUUCCUCAAGUCAUACAUGGAGGCAUUCCCGGGUUAUUUCUCCACCGGUGAUGCUGGAGUCAUCGACGAACAGGGGUACGUCACAGUCCUGGAGCGUAGCGAUGACAUCAUCAACGUGGCGGCCCACCGCUUGUCCUGUGGCCAAAUUGAGGCAAGCAUCAAAGCGCACCCAGAUGUGAAUGAUUGUGCAGUGGUGGGAGCUGCAGAUCCAGUGAAGGGCCAGGUGCCACUUGCAUUAUUGGUCCUGAAUGAUGUGCUGUCAAAAGACUGCGACACCAUUGUGCAGGAAGUGAAGGACAAGGUUCGACACGACAUCGGUGCCAUUGCAUCAUUGGCCGGUGCCACGGUGGUGGAGCAACUGCCCAAGACGCGAAGCGGAAAGGUCUUGAGGAAAAACAUCCGGGGCAUGGCAGAUGGAAAGUUGCCGCCAAUCCCGGGGACCAUUGAGAAUCCUCCCGCACUGGACUUUGCCCUGGAAGGAUUGAAGCGAAUGGGCUUCGCCAAAGGGCUGGCAAGUGUUCAGACCAACAAAGCCUUGGUAGAGCAGACAAUCAUCGAAUCAUCAGCUUUCAAGAUCUUUCAUGAUCUUUCAAGU